AUGGUUGUUGUCUCCUCUCACAGGGAGAAGAUGAUCUUCUGGAUCCUGCUGCUCUUCAUCCUGACCUCCUCUUUCUCUGGAUCAUUUGCUGUGAAUGUGACACAGAGUUCCUAUCAGGCAGAGGAGAACCACAACAUCACACUGGAAUGGACGUUCACCACCAACACUCAACGCUCCUCAAAUGUAUUUCAUACCCUCUGUCAACUGAUAACUGAUGUCAAACACUCAGUCCUGUUUCACAUACAUGGAGGUGUGGAGGUUCCAGAGUCUCAGGAUGAACAGUUUGCAGGACGAGUCCAGUGGGACAAAGACGUCCUCAGAGAAGGACGACUCAGACUUCAUGUGUCCAGACUCAGGACUGCUGACUCGGGUCUGUACGUGUGUGACGUGUUCACAAGAGAUGGGCCGAACUCUAGACAAUGUCACCUCAAUGUCACUGCAGAGAGGGAACGUCCUGAAUAUGAAAAACAUAGCGCAUUAGGUCAGGGAACGGAUUCUUCACAACCAGAGAGUCGGGGAAGGACCGGCCUCUACUGUGUACUGGGACUGACAGCAGCUGGACUGGUUUUGUUAACACUUGCUCUCUACAUUGUAAAAAAGAUUUCUCCUCAGCAAAACCAAACAAACAGCAUCCAAAACGAGGCUGAGUUAUUAAGCCUUUAAGUGUUUGCACUAAAAGAUCCUGAUGUGGACUUCAGUCAGUCUGAGACACAUCUGGAUCUGUGUAUGACACAUGUGUAUGUCUGUGGAUUAACAGCAGCAUUAAGUUAUGAACAGAAAUAGGGACAAAUAUGAGAUUCACUGACAACAUUACUAUAAACAUACAGUGUUAUUUAAUAAUCACAAAGUUUAUGAAGGAGCACAUUUAAGUGAAUCAGUGAUAUCAAAAUGAUGUCAGCUAAUUAGCCAAGUAGCUGUGUCUUUGCACCAGAAUGCAAAGACUCAAUUAUUUGUCACUAACUGGAUGUAAAGCAGAUGCUGAGUUUAAAUUUAAUUGCAAAUGUUCUGUGCAAUUGUGUGGUAGCCUCUGUCUCUGUCUAUGAAUGUAUGUGAAUGACGUCAUUUAGUGUUUACAAGUCCAUUUAGCCAUUUACCAUAAAGUAUUUACACACUUUAUUCAAAACAACAGCACUGUCAUUAAAUCAAUUAUAUUUUUUGUUUUAUUUGUAUUCUUUAUUUUU